AUGAAUCGCCACGACGGAGCUGAGAUCGAGAAGGGAUACCCGGGCGGAGAAUAUGGCAUCGAAAAGAAUGGAGACACCGCGUAUGAGGAGCCUUUCGUUCAUGGCGCGGCUACUGUUGCGGAGGCUUCGGGGAGGGGAGGUGAUACCCAUCGCGGGUUGAAGAGUCGCCAUAUUCAGUUCCUCGCUCUCGGGGGCGCCAUCGGGACCGGAUUGUUCGUCGGCUCAGGAGGCAUCCUCGCGCUUGUUGGCCCUGCUCCGCUCUUCAUGGCAUAUCUCUCCAUGAUGAUUGUCGUCUGGAACGUCAUGAACAACCUCGCGGAGAUUGUUACGUAUCUUCCCAUGAAGGGCAUAACAAUCCCCUACUUUGUCAAACGUUUCGUGGACCCCAGUCUGGCCUUUGCCGUUGGCUGGAAUUACUGGUAUGCUUAUGCUAUCCUUGUCGCAGCCGAGGCCACUGCCGGAAGUAUCCUCUUGGAUUACUGGAAGACAGCGGUUCCAGCCGCUGUUUGGAUCACCAUCUUCCUCCUAGUCAUCCUCUUCCUCAACAUCGUCGCGGUUGGGGUGUUUGGCGAAGCCGAGUUUUGGUUUGCUUCCAUCAAGUUUAUCACGAUCAUGGGCCUUAUCAUCCUGGGCUUCGUCAUCAUGUUCGGAGGAAGCCCGAAUGAUCAAGGCAGGCUUGGUUUUCGAUAUUGGAAUAACCCAGGCGCAUUUACACCGUAUCUCGUCGACGGGAAUACCGGACGCUUCCUUGCGUACUGGACCGCUUUUGUUCGCGCCGGAUUCGCCUUUAUCACCUCUCCUGAGCUGAUUGCGCUGGCGGCCGGAGAGACUAUCGCUCCACGUCGAAAUAUCCCAAAAGCAGCGCGCCGAUUCGUCUGGCGCCUCGCCAUCUUUUACGGUUUCGGUUCCUUCAUCAUUGGGGUAAUCGUUCCUUCUACCGAUCCUCGUCUCCUGAGUCCGACUUCAAACGCCACCGCCUCACCCUUCGUCAUUGGCAUUGCCAGGGCGGGAAUUGGUGGGCUGAACCAUGUCAUCAACGCUGCCAUAUUGACGUCAGCUUGGUCCGCCGGCAAUGCUUUCCUGUUCUCCGGCUCCCGCGUUCUCUACGGCAUGGCGCUGAACGGCGAAGCGCCCAAGAUCUUCGGCAAGACCAACCGCAACGGCGUGCCCUGGGUAGCAGUCCUAGCCACCUGGACCAUCGGUCUGCUCGCGUACCUCAAUGUAUCGAACACGGGCGCGCAGGUGUUUACCUGGUUUUCCAACAUCUCCACCAUCUCCGGCUUCAUCGCCUGGAUCGUCGUCAUGAUAACCUACAUCCGCUUCCGCAAAGCCCUCGUCUACCACAACCUGGUCCACACGCUGCCCUUCAAGACACCUUUCCAGCCCUACUUCUGCUACUUCGUCCUCGGCAUCAUCAGCAUCCUCACCCUCACCAACGGCUUCCAGGUCUUCUUCCCGAAAAACUGGUCCGCGGCCAACUUCCUGGCCGCGUACAUCACGAUCCCCAUCUUCGUGGUGCUGUAUCUGGGGCAUAAGAUUUACUUCCGCACGCCGUGGGCGAUUAGGGUGCACAAUAUUGAUGUGGUUAGUGGGAAGAAGGAGAUGGAUUUGCUGUGUUCGAAUGAUGUAGAGCCCAUGCCUAAGAACGUGUUUCAGAGAGUUUGGUUUUGGGUUGCGUAG